CUGGAGAGUUUGUUACCUUUAGAUGUGACAUGAAUAAAGGAGAAGAUUCUGACUGGGAAUACAAGCUGAGCAGGAAUAAUAAAUCAUAUCUGUCCUACAUACCACAUAAAAGCAGCACGUUAUUUCUUCAUAGUGGUGAAUAUCAGUGCUGUCGUCGUAGGAGGAGCUCAAAUCAAACAAACUGCAGUAAUACUGUCACUGUUUCAGCAGACAGACCCACGGCCACAUUGACAGCAGGUUCAACAACCAUACCAGUAGGGGGCAGUGUGACACUGAGCUGCUCAGUGGAGCCCUCUGCUGGAUGGAAGUACAGAUGGUUCAGACGGACCUCAGACACUCCUGAAGCUGAAAUCACAACAAAUAAUGAAGAGAACAGAGAAAUCACUGUGACACAAGGAGGAAUCUACAGGUGUGAUGGAAAGAGAGGAAAUAAAGUCUUCAUCAGCCAUCCAAGCCAUGACGUUACCAUUAAAACAACCUCUCCCAAUAAACCCAGUUUGAUUCUGCAACCCAACUGGUCUCAGAUCUACAUAGGAGAGAAAGUCACUCUGAGAUGUGAGAUCCAGGGAGGAACUGAGUGGACGUAUGAAUGGAGAUCAACCAAUGUAAACUUUCCAUCAUCCAGUGAAUACAGCAUCAACUACAUUACUGAGUCCCACAGUGGAGAUUACAGCUGUAGAGGAAACAGAAACUAUGAGCUAACAGAGUGGAGUGAUGCUGUCAGACUGACUGUGAUAUCACCCAAACCUCAGCCUGUCCUCUCUGUGUCUCCAUCAUGGCCGAAUCCUGGAGCCUCAGUGACUCUGAGCUGUGAAGGUUUGGAGCUUCAAUCAGCAGGAUGGAGGUUCUUCUGGUAUAAAACUGUUCCUGAUCCAUCCAGCAACUCCUACAGCUAUGAGCUGCUGUCUGGCAGCACCAAUGGGACUGAGCAGAACUCCUUCAUCAUUAAUGGACCGACUCACACAGCAGGAUUUGUGUGCAGAGCAGGAAGAGGAGAACCAGAGUUUUACUCUUAUUACAGUGAACUAAAGUUUAUCUGGUCUGUAGAUCCUCGUCCAGCAGCUUCUCUCUCAGUGAAUCCUGACAGAGUUCAACACUUCAGAUCUGACUCUGUGUCUCUGAGCUGUGAGGGAAACUCUGCUGAGUGGAGAGUGAUGAGGUUUAUAGAACGAGACGGACUGUCAGACUGCUCCUACUGGGGGAACAUGACUGGAUCUACAUGUACCAUUAACCCGUACUAUUAUAGGGAUGGAGUGUUCUGGUGCGAGUCAAAAUCUGGAGAGUUUAGCAACGCUGUCAACAUCACUGUACACGAUUAUAAUCAUGAUGUUAUUAUCCUGGUGAGCCCUGUUCAUCCUGUGACUGAGGGAGAUCCUGUUACUCUGAGCUGCCAAGAUAAAAAGCUAAAAUUUCUCUCCAAUGUGUUUUUCUAUCAUAAUAAUAAACUCAUCAAUAAUGACAGCAGAGGGGAGCUGAAGAUCUCUGGAGUGUCAAAGUCAGAUGAAGGUUUCUACAAAUGUCAACAUUCAGGAAAAGAGUCACCAAGGAGCUGGAUGUCUGUUAGAGUAACUGGGUCCAGUCCUGCCAGCUCUUUAUUUCUUGUGCUGUUGAUCAUCGAACCAGUUGUUAAAAUCCUUCUGGUUCUCCUCCUGCUCUUGUUCUUGUCCUGCAGACGGAACAACGCAGACAAACCCAGAGCUCCUGCAUACUCCCAGAUUGAACUGAGAAACUUCAGGGAAAACUACUCAACUCCAAUUUAUGCUAACAUGAACUAUCAGAAAAAGCAGAAAGGAAAGCGAAGUCCUGCAGCAGCAGAUGAAGUUUAUUCUGAAAUCAGAACAAGAGCAACUGUGGGUAACGAUAUCAUGUAGCUUCACAUUUUACUGGUUUAUUACGGGAUUUAUUACACGAGGUAAUCUCACAACAACAUUCUUAAAUGCUUUAUUUUCUUACAUUUUUCAUGUGUUUUUAAAAGUCUGUUCAGAACUGUGUUAGACACCCACAUUUUCUGAGAAACACUGUCAGUUAUGCUGAUAAUUUUUUUUUUUUAAAAACUCCAGAAAUUAUUAGUCGUUCACAGAGGCUAUGGUGAAGUUUGAAUACAUUAAAUAUUUUUGUAUAUUUUUUAUGCUUUAUUUUACAAAUGCAUAAUAUGUUUUACAAUAUCUCCCACUCCUAGUAUUUUUUUUAACCAUAUAAUUAUAAUUCAUAUAUUUUUGUUUUAGUUAUUUGAUGUUUUUAUGUUGCAAUUCUAAAAUAUUCGGUUACUGAUUGAUUAGUCACCGUGCGUUUAUUCAAACCAAAUCAGAAAUGCUGAACUUUUACCACAAUGUACAGAUUUUUGAUUGCUGAAUGUGUUCAUUUAUGACUGGUCUACAUCAUUUUAUGCCUCUUUUUCAAUCAAUUUCUUACAUGUUGGAUUCAUAUUAACGUGUAU